ACUGUCAACCCAACCUAUAAAGGCGAUCGCUCGCCGUUGUGAUCGUCAGCAGCAAACCUCGCGACUGCAAAGAUGGCAUUGACUCUUCGCUCAUUCCUCCUCCUUUGCGUGAUCAGUGGGGCGGUGACUGGAGCCUGGAAUCGGUGUCCGGAGGGCUGGGUUGAGUUGGAGCACCGCUGUUACAUCUAUCAGAGUCAAGAAAUGACAUUUUUAGGAGCAGAGAAAGUCUGUAAUAUUCUUGGUGGGAAUCUGGUCUCCAUCCAUAAUUCCCUGGAAAAUGCAGUCGUUUUUGAUCUGAUUCAGAGCGGCCCCACAGCCUGGAUUGGACUCCAUAGUGCAAUUUUGGAUCAGGACUUCCUAUGGACCGAUGGCUCCAUUGUGACAUUCACCGCUUUUAAUUCUGAUGGGCCUGACGGCUUGGGCAACUGUGUCCAGUUUUCGAGACUCGAUGGAUUUUGGCAGGAUCAUCCCUGCGAUGUGAGGGCCCCAUUCGUUUGCAUCCAAGAUGUGAAGUCUUUUGGCGACUUCUAAUCUGUCCUUUUACCACCGCGUCUUCUGCCACGACGUCUUUCCCGAAUCAU